AUGCAAGAAAGAUUAUUUCUUGUUCUGUGUGUCACUGCUACAACAGCCUUUUCGGCAACCAAGUCGAAACUACCAACGGUUGACAAGGCCACUAAGUCAGAAGAUGGAAAACAGACACAAGAGUUUGCUGAACUUCAAGGAGACGAUGCUGAAUUUGUGGCCAAAUUUAAGGGGAAGGUGGCCAAAGACAUGCGAGGACGUAAAAAAAAUGUUUUCUCGAGUUUUGGAGGAGGAUAUGGGUCAUUUGGGCGAGGAGGACGUCCAUUUGAUGGUUUCAACGGCGGUUAUGGUAGAAUGGGCGGAGGCUAUGGAGGUGGUGGAGAUGAUUUUGGUGGAGGAUACGGCGGGCCACCGUACGGAGGAGGAGGAUAUGGUGGAUAUGGAGGUGGUGGAGGCCCAGAUUAUGGUGGCUAUGGCGGGUACGGUGGAGGCGGUUACAGUGGGAUGGGUGGAGGCCCUGGAGGAUACGGCAUGGGCGGAUUUGGCGGUGGAGAUUAUGGUGGAUACGGUGGCGGAGGAAUGAUGGGAGGCGGAUAUGGAGGAGGUGGAUAUGGCGGUGAUGGUUAUGGUGGCGGUGGAAUGGGUGGCCCAAUGGGUGGUUUUGGAGGCGGAUACGGAGGAGGUGGAUAUGGCGGUGGCUAUGGAGGUGGCGGAUAUGGAGGAGGAGGUUAUGGACCAAUGGGAGGAGGUGGUUUUGGAGGAGGAGAUUACGGUGGUGGUGGCUACGGCGGUAGUCCAUAUGGUGGAGGAUACGGUGGCGAUAUGAUGGGUGGCGGUGGAUGUCCGGGUGGUGGAUGUCGUGGUUGA